AUGGAGAUUGUCAAGCAGAUUACAACGAUCCGACCAGUAUUGGCAUUUAACUUUGCCGUCAGCAAGCUACAUGAAGUCAUUCCGAACCUACAAUCUGCAACCUCUCCCAUCACUCACGAACAAACACUUCUCCUCGAAUCGAUCUCAUUCUUUUUAGAGUUGGUACUUAUCAAUUUACCGACCAACUUUUUCGACAAGUCAUCUCCCUAUCAACAAUGUAUUCAAGAUUCCGAAUCACUCUUAAAACUUUUAUUAGAGACUAAAUUUUCAGAUCCAAACUCUACAUCAUUCCAAAUGGAUUGUAUAAAACCAUUUAUUUCAUAUUAUAAUAGUCAUCCAAUGUCAAUUCAAUAUUUGUUGACAAAGAUAGUUCCAAUGAUUCCAUUCCAUUCACAGGGCGAGAAAGAAGGUGGUCGUCUUUCAAAUAAUACUUUACAUUGUCGUCGUAGAAUUAUCUCUUGUCUUUCGAAUUUGGCAUCGAGCAUGCCAGACAAGCUGCUUCCAUUCUUACCACAGCUGUAUGCAUCGAUUCAACAGUUGUUCUCAACCAACGCCGUCAAUGAAACCGAGCGUGUCAUGCUCUAUUUGCUAUUGAUUGUACUGAACAAUCAUGUCACCAACUUCCAACAGAGUUCAGAGUUUCUCAGGGAGAUCAUCACUCCGGUCAUCCAGAUCUGGACAGCACCCGACUUGACCGCUGCAUUCCAAACACCAGAACAACUGAUUUCGUACUUGGGACUCGACCAAAAUUCACACCCAAGCGAAGAGAUCAUCGCCAGACGCAAGAAACUGCAGUACUCUGUAUCGGCACUGCAAACCAUGUGGAAGAAAUCAGCACUUCCACCAACCACCAACGAAGACAAUGGUUUCAUUCCAUUCAUUGCCAAUGGAAUUAGCUAUCCCUCGAAAUGGCCAAUCUCCAACUUUGCCAAAGAGGUCAUGCCCAAUGUCGUCGCCCUAGCAAGAUCAAUGCAUGCACUCUGGAAUCCAGCCAUAAUGUCCAAGGUCGCCUCUGAUUACACUCCUAUUUUCAAAUUGGACGAAGCUAUCACCGCUCCACUAUUGGGUCAAGAAUAUCAUAAAGUAAACAAUAGUGAAUCAGAGAAUAUUAAAUUUGUUAGAAAUUUAUUAGAUACAUUAAGAGAUUCGUGUUAUGAAAUGUUUGGAUAUGGAUUUACACAUUCAGAUGAAUUAUUCUCAAUAGCAACAUUACCAAAGAUUUUGAUUGACUCUAUAUUCUCAUCAUUGGAAUUCUGUGAGAAUCGUCACUUGAAAUUGAUUGUCAGACAUGUUCUUAUGUUCCUAGUUAAACAUUGUCCAACUAAACUUCAACCACAAUUCUUUGACACCUUAAUUCCCUCUUUACUCUCCAUUCUAUUCAAUCGUAUAAAAUCAGGUUGGGAGGCAAUCAAUAUUCGUUCUCAAAAGGAGAAUAAAUCAGAUGAUUCAGAACAAAAUGAAAUUAUUGGCGAUAAGAUAUUAAGAGAUUUGACAUUGGAGUAUACAUUCUGGGUGAAAGAAUUCCAUGGUCAUCCAGUUGCAUUAAAGAAUGUGGAGAUUGUAACUCCGCUCGUCUAUGGUUUGAGUGCAUGUCUCAUGAGUAAUGAUCAUGCCGUCAUUGCAAAGUCUACACCGAUCUGUGUGCAACUGGUUGAGUUACUCUCUGAGGACGCUCGAUUCCACAACCUCAUUGGUAACGAUAUGUUUAGAGUCACAAUCAACGUUAUGGUUCAAUCAAAGAUUCCCGAUUUCAACAAUGAUUUCGUAUCGAUUAUUCGUGCUAUUUACGUCAAGCUCGGCAAGCGUUGUGCUUUCCCCAACCAGAUACUAGCAACACUUCCAAACGUCGAUCAAUCAGUGCUCACAAAGUUGGACAAUGAAAUAUCCAAGGCCAAGAGUGACAAACAACAAAGAACCAUCAUAAAGAAACUCCUCGAAGAAGUAGUCAUUGUCAAUCAAUCGAAACUCAAAAAACAAUCGAUUCUGGAUCUUCCAGAAAAAUUGUUUGUCAACAAAAUGUCAGCGACCCCAGAUGAAUCAAACUUUUUCGAUAAACACAAUACCGAUUCAACUAGUAACCUAUUUGAUUCAUAUGAUUCAUAA